UUACUUCACGUGCAAUUCCCACUCUUCCCGCCUGCGUUGUUGAAUAAGUAAAAUAAAUCUCUCUUCUUAGAUUUAUGCACUCAUUUAUUACUCCUCCAUCAUCACCACCAUCAUGUAAGUUUCUCUCUCUUUAAACCACUUGAAUUUGAUUUUAACGAUGAUUUGAUCGAGUCGAGUCGAAUAUAUGUAUGUAGUGACGAAAAAGAAUUCAUAUAGUAAAGUUUAGAAAAAUACUGCUUUUGAGAAGAAAGAGAAAAGUUGAACUAGAAUUUCAACAAAGUCAGUGAAGGAUGGAAGAAAAAUGUUCACCUAUAAUACUUUUUUUUUUAAGGUCUAAUGAAACCUAAUUCUUGACUAAUAGGUGGUUGACCAAACAUGUCUAAGAAUCAAAGUAAUGAUUAACAUUUGGCUAUUUGGAGGUUGUUUUAAUUAAUAGUACUAGUUCUUGAUUUUGAAAUGCUCGUAUAGAUGCAAAGAGAUAAAAGAAAAUGCUAUCUGAGGGACCAAAAAUGGGCAAAAAGUUCUGUUUUUCAUCGAUUUUGUUGUUUGGUGCUCUAUACUUCAUCAUAGCAAGAGCUGAACCGAUUGAAGAUAAACAAGCAUUGCUUGAUUUCAUCAAUAAUAUCGACCGCAUGCAGAAUCUGAAUUGGGACGCGAAAACUUCUGCUUGCGAUGAUUGGAAUGGAGUGACGUGUAAUCGUGAUAAGUCGAGAAUUAUAGCUGUUCGAUUGCCAGAAGUUGGAGUACGAGGCCGCAUUCCUACCAACACUCUUGUGCGCUUAUCGGCUCUUCGGAUCUUGAGUUUGAGAUCAAAUGAUAUCAGCGGUACUUUUCCUUCUGAUCUUCUAAAGCUUAGGAAUUUGACUGCUCUUUAUCUUCAGUUCAAUAAGUUUCAAGGUCCAUUGCCAUCAGAAUUUUCAGUUUGGAAACAUCUUUCGGUAUUAGAUUUGUCGAGUAAUGCUUUUAAUGGAAGUAUCCCUUUAUCGAUUUCGAAUUUGACUCAUUUGGAAGCUUUAAAUCUUGCUAAUAACUCAUUUUCUGGGAAUAUUCCUGAUGUUGAUAUUCCUAGUCUGAAACAGCUAGAUUUGUCUAAGAAUAAUCUUACAGGAGUUAUUCCUCAAUCUCUUCUUAGAUUUCCUCCUUCAGUUUUUGCCGGUAAUAGUAUUUCUCCUGAUAAGCUUUUGCCUCCAUCUCUUCCGCCUACUCUGUUGCCAAUUAGGCAUUCGUCAAAACUUAGUGUAUCGGCCCUACUGGGAAUUGUUAUUGGGAGCUGUGUUUUGGCGUUCGUGUUGAUCGUGUUCCUAAUGAUGUUUAUGAACAAAAAGAGAGAGGACAAUAAAUGGGCCACGCUGAAGUCGAAUAAGAAUGACAUGUCUUUCAAGAGGGAGAAUUCUGAGCAUCAGAAAGCGAAUGGGAGGCUUGUGUUUUUUGAGGAUUGUAAUAUCGUAUUUGACCUCGAAGAUUUGUUGAGGGCUUCUGCCGAGGUGCUCGGAAAGGGAACUUUUGGCACAACCUAUAAAGCAGCAUUGGAGGACGCCGGCACAGUUGUGGUGAAGAGAUUGAAAGAAGUUAAUGUCGGGAGGAAGGACUUCGAGCAGCAGAUGGAGUCUGUUGCAAAUAUUAGGCACGUAAACGUGGCAUCACUAAGGGCUUAUUACUAUUCGAAGGACGAAAAACUUGUGGUAUAUGAUUGCUACGAUCAAGGAAGUGUGUCUUCAUUGCUACACGGAAAAAGAGGCGAGGACCGGUUUCCAUUAGACUGGGAGGCCAGACUAAGAAUUGCAAUUGGUGCCGCAAGGGGAAUUGCUCACAUCCAUUCCCAGAGUGGUGGAAUGCUUGUUCAUGGAAAUAUAAAAGCCUCGAACAUUUUCAUCAACUCACAGAGAUAUGGCUGCGUAUCUGAUCUUGGCUUGGCCACGUUGAUGAGUCCAGUAGUGCCACCAGUAAUUCGAGCAGCAGGGUAUCGUGCCCCAGAAGUAACCGACUUCAGGAAGGUGUCACAGGCAUCUGAUAUCUACAGCUUCGGAGUCUUCUUGCUCGAACUUCUCACUGGAAAGUCCCCCAUCCAUGCCACGGGCACGGAUGAGGUCAUCCACUUGGUCAGGUGGGUUAACUCCGUCGUUCACGAGGAAUGGACCGGUGAAGUAUUUGAUGUCGAGCUUUUGAGGUAUCCAAACAUCGAGGAGGAGUUGGUGACUACAUUGCAAAUAGGCAUGAGUUUAGUGGAUAGAAAUCCCGAGAAGAGACCGAAAAUGGCCGAUGUAGUGAAAAUGUUGGAGGACGUAAGAAGUAUCAAUGCUGGCAAUUGCCCAUCAAGCGGAACAAAAUCGCCAGGUUCAUCGCCAAGUUUAACACCACCUACGUCUGUGAUUGAAUCCUCUCCCAUUCAUAAUAAAUGAUUUUAGCUUCUUAGUAAUGCAGUUUUUCAGGCUUUUCAUUCACUUCCAUUUGGAAUCUCUCUUCUUUUACUAGGAAACCUUUGGUAUCAUGGCUUCAUUCUGCUUUAAGAUUAUCUUGAUUUUCUAGUAUAGAGGUUGGUGCUCAAGAAUUUGCUAUGUGGACAUUAGAUCAUAACUGGCUCUUGCUGUAUGUUCAGUUUUAAGAAUCAA